AAAAACUGACGAAGUCAAGAUGGCGAGAAAGACAGAAGUCUGGGUUCAGAAAGAGAUGAAGACACUCUCCUGUUAACAAACCGCCAGAACCUUCUUCUUCGGUUGGUAACCUUGCCACUGCAGCUCGAGAGGAGAGGACUCUUUUUUUACGAAACAGUCCUGAGAUUCAGGAGGCGGACUGGUAAGCAGAUACAAGAGAAUGCCUCCACUCUCUUUCUUAUACGGCCAUGUCUUAAACAGAAUUGCAGAGACAUGUUUCGGCUUCAUUGUUCUCAGGGAGCGACGGAUUUGACAGAUGUGAUCCCAAGCUCUGUGGGCUCGAAAGUGUGUCUUGAGUUCCACAUCAUGUUCCUGAGUGAAGAGUACAGUACGCAAUGCUCUGAAAAUAUGGGCGUACAUACGGUAAUGGACAAAUGUAGCAGAGGCAGAAGAAAUACGUAGUCCUUCAGAGUAGAUAGCCAGCUCAAGUCGAGACUGCGUGUUCAAGGGGCGUAUUUAUGGAACACCAUAACGCGAGUGAGGCGACGAAGAUCUGAGACGAUGAUGCGAGGGUGGUGGGAGUAUUAAUUUCAUCCAGACGAGGAUGAUGAGUCCAGAGAGAGAAUGGACUAGAACAGUUCUGUGUAUGAUUCGAGUCCAUGGCGGUACGAGCUGGCGUUACUUCUACGCACGGGUAGCUCCAAUCCUGAGAGGAAUAUGCGGAGUCCAAGACUUCAGAUCCUUCUCACACGCUCCAGAUCGACUCAUCGAAAGCGUCGUCGCGUUCGUUCGUCCUCCUCUCCUCUCCUCUCCUCUCGUGUGCAGAGCGAUCGUCGACUGUCAGCAUCCACCGACGAAUGGAAACAUGGAUCGUAGAGCAUCAUUGACUGAAUACUGAUAAACAUCAUACGAUACGUCUGAGAAGGUCAAGAUCGUAACCUCGACAGUCAAAGCCUCAACGUAUGUAACGUCCGGAUGGAUGGAUCGAUCGAUGGGAGUCAACAGAGCCAGUCACCGAUGAGCGUCCCCAACUUUCGCAUGCAUGUCGAGGGGAGUGGAUCGAGCUGAAAUAUGAGCUUCCUCCUCAGUGAGCUGAGCAUGGUCUGCAGAGGCCAAUCAGCGUCCAUCGAGGUAAAACAUACUCUCACUCUAACCAGUAUCCAGUCAAAUCGGCCCCAACCGGAGCACAGCAGCAGUACACUGAGGCUGGUUUGAGUAACGAGGCGUUGAGUGCAUGCUGUCGGGCUCUACAUCGGAAGCAGCAGAUCUAAGAAUCACGCCGUUAUGGAUCUAGAAUGUGUGUUUUAGGGCUUCAAGUACCACUGUAGAGAAAUCUGAAAAUGGUGGGUGCAUUUGGCAUCUGCAGGCUCUGAGACGACUGCAGCCGGAGAAGGCUACCCCUUCGUUCUGGCUGUCAGACGUCAGUUUCAUUGAGAUCUAUCUCUAGGCUCGUACAAACAUGUCGGCUGACUCUGGUCUCUGGUGCAGCAGAGUGUCAUUCCUGCGCUGCUGCUGCUGCGCCGAGUAUCUCUUGGUUUUGUACAUAUCAUUCUUUUAGUUUCGCCUCACGAGGACCUGGGUUCGCAAUUAUGUCGAUUUUCUGCAAGCGUAGGUCCACACGUAAGUUCUCACAGAGAAGCGAUUGCAACGUGAAUUCUCGGAGAGCCUUUGGACAUUCAUCUUUCCAGCGGACCAUGUGAACAUUUAUGGGUGCGGAAUCUAUUCACAGGUGGAGUGAGGGGUCUGAAGCUGAAGACCAUUCUAAAGCUCAUGGCCACGAGCUGGCUGGCUGGCUGUGCAGCCAUAGACAGUAUGGGCUCAUGGCUUUCUUCUGCGUCUCUCCUCUGGGACACCCUCAGAUGAACAUCACCUGCAAAUAUUCGAGAAAUGAACAUCUGCUACAGUACACACUCAUUGAACAUGUGUUUGUUUGUGACAUGCACGUCAAGUCGCUGACUAUUUGCGAGGAGUGUAAAGAUACGAUGCUCACAAGUAAGAACAGCGCUCCCUGCGCGUUAAGGUUCUCUUUAACUACUCCAAGUCUUACCCUGAGGAUAUAUGUCUGUCAUCUGCCCCUUUCCCUCAAGAUAUGUCUGCAUGGGCGUUGAAGGAGAUUCCACUUGCGCCAUGCAUUGAACUUAGAAUCCACGGGUGAAAUGCCGAAGGCAAGAUCCCAGAUUCACUUCGGUCGAUUCACUUUUCACCCU